AUGCGAAUUGAAUUGAAGCAACCACGCAACUGUGAACAGGACGUGGACCCAGCGAUACCGAUACGGCGUCUGCAGGUCGACCGCUGCAAGCUUGUGGUUGCAACAGCAGACGACACCCAACCCAAGUUGGAAGGCGCGAGCAGAACGACUCUGGAGCGUCUUGGAAGAGGGGCCUGGCCAAGACGACAGCACUUUUGCGCCUUCCAAUAUCCCUUCGCAACAGGCCAUUGCUAA